AUGGCGCAGGGCACGGAUCGCGCGGGCGUGAGCCCCGCCGACCCGUGGCCGGCGCCGGACGGGGCCGCCUCGAGCACGCACCCGCACGAGCUCUGCAGCGGCGCUCUGCAGGACUUCGAGCAGGCGCUGGCCAGCUUCCAGCAGGCACUCCCGCCGUGCGGUCGGUACCCUGCCUUGGACGGCUCCGGCGCGUUCCUGGAGCAGGCCGUCUCGCUGGCCGACCCCCUCCCCGCGGACACUUGGGGGCCGCGCAGGGGUGUCGCCGAGAUGGCUGCCUGGCUCGCGGAGCUGACCAGGGAGCUCGUGGCCCUCAGCUCGAGGCUCGAGGACGGCCUGGCUGCGCUCGACUCGAAGCGCGCCGCCGCCGAGCAACAUGCCAGGGGCCUCCAGCAGCAGGUGGAGGCGAUGUCUGGCCAGCUGCGGCAGGUGUGCCAGCAGAACUCGGGCCUUGCGGCCGACAGGGGCCUCCAGCAACAGUUGGAGGUGAUGUCCGGCCAGCUGCGGCAGGUCCUCCAGCAAAACGUCGGUUUCGCGGCCGAGCUGGAGGGCCUGGACGGAAGGCUGCGCAGCGCGCAGCAGCGGCAGGAUGAGCUCGGCAGCCUCCAGCGACGGGUGGAGGUGAUGUCCAGUCAGCUCCAGCAGGUCCGCCAGCAGAGCGUGGGCCUUGCGGCCGACAGGGGCCUCCAGCAGCAGGUGGAGGCGAUGUCUGGCCAACUGCGGCAGGUCCUCCAGCAGAACGUCGGCUUCGCGGCUGAGCUGGAGGGCAUGGACGGAGAGCUGCGCGGCGCGCGGCAGCGGGAGGAGGAGCUCAGCAGCAGGCUGCUCUUGCUCAGCCAGGCGCAGAGGCAGGGCCACAGCGACUUCCACCGACUGAGACGGGAGGUAGACCUCAUGAAGAAGCUGGGGGACGAGGUCCGAGGCAGGGUGCUGGAUGACCUGUCCGGGCUGGAUCGCAAGCUGCGCGCGGACCUGCAGAACCUGGAGGCCGACCGUCAGGCCGCGGCGGCGUGGGAGGAGCUGGGGCGCCCCUUCGCGGCCCGCUCCAUCUUCGCGCACACCUUCCCGGCCAAGGGCGGCGAGGAGCCAGAUAUCCAGCUGCUGGCGAAGCGGGCGCCCUGCGACCCAGCGGGGAAGGAGGUGGACCAUGGAGCCGACCUGCGCUUCUGCUGGAUGGACGAGGCCAUUCCUCACGAUCGCCCAGCGACGGUCAAUGAGCUCAGGAAGUUGUGGGAGGGGGUGGGUUCGGUGACGGCCAACUUGGAAUCACUGAAAGCCCAGUUGCGCAGCAUCGGGGGCAUCUAG